UUUCGAUUUUCUUUUUUCUUUUUCGAAAAAGAAAAUCUCUACUGUCUCUCUCUCCCCUUUAUUUUUUUUUUCUUCUUUUCGUGCUCGUUUUCCCUGUUAUUUUCCUUCACCAUCACCAAAACAAAAACCCCCAAAUAAAAAUCCUAAUUCUUCUGUAAAACCCUAAUUCUUUCAUAAAUUGGCUUUGAUUGAAGUGUUAUACUGCUUCCAUUUUUCGAAGCUGAGUAGAGUGAAGUGAUUCAGUGUAAGAUCUGAAAGGGAGUUUCAAUCGAACACUAUCAAUGGCGUUUGAUCAAAAGGAACUGGAAGAGCAACUUAUUCAAGCUGGGAACAAGCUUGCAGAUCCUCCUUCCUCGGUGGAUGAGCUUCUCUCACUGCUCAAUCGACUUGAGAGUUACUUAGCAAAGGUGGAACAGGCACCUAGAACGUCUAUGCGAACUGCGCUUGCUCCAUGUAUGAAAGAAUUGGUUGGGAAUAAACUUCUAAGGCAUCCGGAUCCGGAUGUGAAAGCUGCACUUGCCGCUUGCAUCAGUGAAAUCACAAGAAUCUCUGCACCCGAUACUCCUUACGAUGACGAUCAAAUGAAGGAGAUAUUCCAAUUAAUUGUAUCUUCAUUUGAAAAUCUACAUGAUAAGUUAAGCCGAUCGUAUGAGAAUAGGAGAAUAGUCCUCGAAACUGUUGCAAAGGUCAGAUCAUGUGUGGUAAUGUUGGACCUUGAUUGUGAUGCGCUGAUUUUGGAGAUGUUUCAGCAUUUUUUGAAGACCAUAAGGGAUCAUCAUCCAAAGGAUGUUUUUUCAUCCAUGGAAACCAUUAUGACACUUGUUCUUGAGGAAAGUGAAGAUAUAUCCUUUGAUUUGCUUUCUCCACUCCUGGAGAGCAUUAAGAAAAACAAUGAGGAAGUUUUCCCGAUUGCCCGGAAAUUGGGAGAGAGGGUCCUCGAAAGCUGCGGAUCCAAACUAAAGCCCUGCUUGGUGCAAGCAGUGAGAACAUUGGGUAUAUCUCUGGAUGAUUACAGUGAAGUACUUGGUUCAAUUUUCCAAGAGGAAGCUAAGGCGAUUAAAGAGGCUGCACAAUCGCCAAAAGAUAAUCGAAAUGGGAAUAGAAAUUCCAAGUCAGUCACAAACGAUGGGGUUGCACGCGUUGGAGAAGAUGAGGAGUUCAAUGAUUUGGAUGGAAGAAAAGUUGAACAAAAACUAGAAGAAGCCACCAAGAAGAGCAGGAGAAAACCGAGUCAUUCGACGAAAUCUGCUAAACCAUCCGAAAAGAUGAUUGAUUCUGGAAGUCACAGAAAAAAAGUUCUCAGUUCCUCACACGAGGACCAGGAAGUUGCGUAUGCAGUUACAAGUCGAAGAGCAUACAAUGUUGAAUCUCAAGUUAUGGCUUCUCCUUCACCUAGUGACAGUCUCCCUGACGAAAAUCAUUCAGAGAAACUCUGCAAAGCAGAAACUAAAGAUAGCCCCUCAAAUGUCGAGGUUGCAGAGGCUGUUUCAAAAAAGGCAUCUGAAGGAGCAAGUAUAUCAAAAGCCAAACCUGUCAAGCAGCCAGUGAGAAAGGUGCUUGGUCAGAACUCAGGCGUAAAAAAAACUGCUGGUACAGAUUCAGGCAAAAAACAAAGUGGGUCUGCUAGUGGUGCUGAUGCUAAAAAGCACUCGGUCAAGAAAUUGGAUGAUAACGAGGGUGGUGGUGGAUCCUCUUCCAGGCAGCUGGUAGAUAAGAAAAAGCGGGGGCAGGAGGAAAUGGUUUCUUCUCCAAGGUCUGAUAUCAAAUCAUCUGAAGAUGAAAAGUUAGAGGAGACUACCAUGACAAAUGGAAAGAGGAAACACGCCUCGGGAAGAAAAAAUGAGUCUGAUAUCAUGGAACAUGAUCAAAACCUUGUCGGUGUAAGACUUGAAGUAUGGUGGCCGAAGGAUCGUCAGUUUUACAAAGGUGUCAUUGAAUCUUUUGAUUCUCGCAAAAAGAAACACAAGGUGGUUUAUGACGAUGGUGAAGUUGAAGUAUUAAAUCUUGCCAGGGAAAAGUGGAACGUCAUUGAAGCUGAUUCAGAUGCAGAUGAGGAAGAAGGAAGUGAUCGUGGCAGUCUUGAUGCUUCCAUUGAAAUGCCUGCAAGGAAGAAAACAAAACCAAGUUCCGAUGAACCAACUAAGCAAGGAAUGCCAGGUCUUUCUUCCAGUGGUGGAGCAUCAGGAUCAAGUAAAUCAAAGGGUGUACUGAAGUUUGGUCAGAAGUCUACGGGUGGAUACAAAUCGAACGAAUCCAGGACUGUUAGUGAUUCUGAGGAUGAAGUUAGCAGAAAGUUUAAGGACAGCACUCCUAAAAGUGGUAGCAGUAAAUCUGCUACACAGACAAUGACCGGUAAAUCCAAGAACAUUGGUGGUUCCAAGACAAGCAAAAGAAAGGAUGAUGACACUAUCAUGCCAAAACCCUCAGUCAAGUCUAAGCAGGAAACCCCAAAGAGUGGAAUAACCAAACAAAAAACCCCAAAGACUGAUGCUUCUGAGGGAAAGCCCCCAAAAGGUGUUGAAAAGUCCACUGUCGACAGUGGUGGCAAGGGGAAAUCUAAUUCAUUGAAGAAAAAAGACUUGGAGGAUGAUGACUCUGAAUCAGAUGUUUCUGCAAGCGAGGAGGUAGAAGAUACAAAAGGCAAGACAUCAGGUGAUGCCAUGAAUGGAAAGAAGCGUCAGAGAAGCUAGAAGGAAUAAUUUUAUUCCUUGAUUUUUCCUUAUCUAGUUGCUUGCCUUCUGCUUAUCAGUGCGCUUUCUUACAACAUUUGGACAUUCUUUCCCUGGCCCGUGUUCUCUGGUGAAUCUAGAGCUGUUUAUUAGGUAUCUGCUAAUAGUUUUCCGUGAUCAGCUCAUUGUUGUUAUGCUAGCAUUGUUAUCCUUAGACUCGUUUACUAGUUUUUUGGGUUAGUAGGGUAAUAUUUUUAGUUCUUUUUUUCCAUUGUUUCUAGACUAGAUGGAUGGAUUUUUGAAAACAGCUAAAAUCAUUUGGUUAGCAACCUUCAUUGAAUGAAUGCUUCGGCUCUAGUUUUCAAUACUGGCAGAUGUUUACUGGCCACCCAAUUCAUUUUCAUUUAUAUCGAGUGUGUAUAUUAUUGUGAUUGA